CAAGUCGCCUGCCAGAAUUACCUCUCGUCGCAUCUCUCCUCCUACCAGGCAGACAACUUUCGUUUGACUCCCGUCUUCCCUAGGGCCUUUGCCCCUCUUCCCCCUCCCGAACUCCGCUCCGUUGCCCCUCAUGUCUGAUUCUCAGCCGUCCCGAGCUCCCCCGCAAGGCCCGAGCCGCGGGGGUCGUCGACGGGGACGAGGGUAUGGUGUUGCUGGCGGCGGCGGCGGUGGUCGCUCCGAUCAGAGCGAAACGCCAGCGCAGUCGACGGAGAGCUCCAGUCGGGGCUCCAAAUCCAGGGGCGCCCCGGCCCGCAGAGGCCGCGGCGAUAAACAGGACCGCGGCGGGAAGAAGCCCGAGUCCACGACCGCUACGCCAACGCCAACGGGCGCGCUGUCCAAGGCGAAACAGGCGACCGCCCCUGCGACGGAUGAUGACGCCGACGAUAGCGAGGUGUGCUUCAUCUGUGCCUCCACCGUCGAGCAUACCUCCGUCUCGCCGUGCAAUCACCGCACCUGUCAUAUCUGUGCGCUCCGCCUCCGGGCCCUGUACAAGAAUAAAGCUUGUGCCCACUGUCGAACGGAGUCGGCCUACGUGAUCUUUACGGACGACCAUACGAAGCGGUUUGAGGACUUUACGAGCGCGGACUUUUCGCAGAAGGACGACAAUCUCGGGAUCCAGUAUGCGAAUGAUGAUAUCUUUGAGGAUACCGUUCUGCUGCUGCGGUAUAACUGCCCCGACGACAAUUGCGACGUAGCUUGCUUGGGGUGGCCCGAUCUGCACCGCCAUGUCAAGAACAAGCACGGCAAGGUCAUGUGCGACUUGUGUACGAGGAACAAGAAGGUCUUCACCCACGAGCAUGCGCUCUUUACCGCGGCGGAGCUGCGCAAACACGAGAAACAUGGAGAUGACGUGCCCGGAUCCGUCGAUCAAAGUGGCUUCAAAGGCCACCCUGAGUGUGGGUUCUGUCGCCAGCGGUUCUACGGCGAUGACGAGCUGUAUACCCAUUGCCGCGACCGUCAUGAACGGUGCUACAUUUGCGAUCGACAGUCCUCGACUCGCCAGCAGCAAUACUACAUUGACUACAAUGCCUUGGAGGAACACUUCCAGAAAGACCACUUCCUGUGUCUCGACCAAGAGUGUCUGGAAAAGAAGUUUGUUGUCUUCGAGUCGCAAAUGGACCUCAAGGGGCAUCAAUUGGAAUGCCACCCCAACGGAAUGUCCAAGGAUGUCAGACGGGAUGCGCGAAUCGUGGACCUGUCUGCCUUUGACAUCAGAACGCCAUAUCAACCACAGCAGCGACAACGCCGUGGUGCCGGCCGGGGACGUGACCCCAACUCAGAGCCUCUUCCCCCAUCCAGCGCCCAAGCGCUGCGGCGCGACGAGGUCGCCUAUCAGCGCCAAGUAGCCAUCCAGAGUUCGCAGUCCGUGACGGGCCGAAGCUUUGGCGGCCAACUGUCGCGCAACGAAACCCAGACCGUCCGCGCGCCUCCGCGGUCCGGGGCCGCCACCCCGGCCCGCACACCCGCGGCCCCUUCGACGCCAGUGGCCGAACUGAGGUCCCUCAGUCUCAACGCAGCAGACUCCGGGCCCGUCUCGCCACAAGAGCAAGCCCGUCGUCUGCGUCACGCAGCCGUGGUGGAACGCGCCGCGAACCUGCUGGGCAACGACGCAGGCAAACUCGACGAAUUCCGCACCCGCGUCUCCCACUUCCGGACGUCCCAGAUCACCGCCACCGAACUCAUCGACGCCUUCUUCUCCCUCUUCGACACCUCCAGCACCGAACUGGGCAAGCUGAUCAAGGAGCUCGCCGAGAUCUACGAAGACGACGCCAAGCGCACCGCCCUGCUCCAAUCCUGGAACGACUGGCGCGCCAUCAACGAAGACUACCCGGCCCUCCCAGGCGCCGGCGGCAUGAUCCCGGGCAUGUCCCCAGGCACUGUCAACGGCACCGGCCUCGGCGGCAAGCGCGUUCUCCGCCUCAAGUCCUCCACCGCCCAGUCCUCCCGCUCAGCCGUCGGCAGAAGCGGUGCCCUCCCAGGCUCAUCCUCCGCCACCGCCGCAGCCGCAGCCAGCAACCCAUUCCCGCCGCUCUCCGCGGCAACCGCCCGCUCCGCCAAAGCCAACGCCGCCGGCGCAACCUGGGGAGCGUCCGCCCCCGCAGCACCCUUCCCGUCCCUCCCAGCCGCUCCGAAACCCAACGUUCUGAUGGCAGGUCUCACCCGCGGCACCGUCCGUUGGGACAACCAGCGCCCUGCGCCGUCCAACCCGUGGGCUGGAUCCUCCCAGGCGGAGCUGAACCCCGACGAGGAAUUCCCUGAGUUACCCGGUGCGACAUCGAACAACAACCAGCAGACCCAAACCAGCACAAUGGCGACUCUCCUCCCACCCCCGACGAAGCGCCAGAAGCGCGAGGAUACCGAGAAGGCGCAGCAGCAGCAGGAGAUCCAGGGCAUCCCCGAUAAUCUGGGCAGCAUCCGUGUGCAGUUCUACGACCAGGCGACCGGUUCCGCAACGGGGCCUGCUGUGUCGGUGCCAGUGGGGGAUACCAGUGUGAAGAAUUUGGAGACGUUGCUGAAUACGCUACAAGGACAUGAGGAAGAUGAACGAGUACCAUACCGCUUCACCUACCAGUCGCAAGACGACAAGGACAGCCUGACGGUGGACAUCCUGCAAGAUCUGUACCAGUCGCUGCUGAAACCCGGGCUGAAGACAACCGAGGACACAGUGCAACUGUACUACACGCCGCAGGCAGUAUUUCGAGUGAAAGCAGUCUCGCGAUGCACGGCGUCGAUCGCCGGGCACGGCGAGGCGAUCCUCGCGACGAGCUUCUCGCCCGUGUCGUCCGCGACGAUGGUGACCGGCAGCGGGGACUCGACGGCGCGGGUGUGGGACUGCGACACGGGGACGCCGCUGCACACGCUGAAGGGUCACACCAGCUGGGUGCUGGCCGUGAGCUACUCGCCGAACGGGGCGAUCAUCGCGACGGGCAGCAUGGACAACACGGUGCGGGUGUGGGACGCAAAGAAGGGGCAGGCGCUGGGCGGCCCGCUGAAGGGUCACACCAAGUGGAUCACCAGCCUGGCGUGGGAGCCGUACCACCUGCAGCAGACGGGCCGGCCGCGGCUGGCGUCGGCGUCGAAGGACUCGACGGUGCGGGUGUGGGACGUGGUGUCGAAGCGCAUCGACAUGGUGCUGACGGGGCACAAGGCGUCGGUGACGUGCGUGCGCUGGGGCGGCACGGGCAAGAUCUACACGGCGUCGCACGACAAGACCAUCAAGGUGUGGAACGCCGAGAACGGCGUCCUGCUGCAGACGCUGGCGGCGCACGCCCACCGCGUUAACCACCUCGCGCUGUCGACAGACUUUGCCCUGCGCACGGCCUACCACGACCACACGGGCAAGGUGCCCGCCUCGGACGAGGAGAAGGUCGCGGCCGCCAAGCGCCGCUUCGAGCAGGCGGCCACCGUCAACAACCAGGUCGUUGAGAAGCUCGUCUCCGCCAGCGACGACUUCACCAUGUACCUGUGGGAGCCGCAGAGCUCGAACAAGCCAGUUGCGCGACUGCUGGGCCACCAGAAGGAAGUCAACUACGUGACGUUCUCGCCAGACAUGGCGUACAUUGCCUCAGCGGGAUUCGACAACCACGUCAAAUUAUGGAACGGGCGAGACGGGAAAUUCAUCACCACCCUGCGCGGCCACGUCGGCGCCGUCUACCAAUGCUGCUUCUCCGCGGACUCGCGCAUGCUGGUGUCCUCGUCCAAGGACACGACGUUGAAGGUGUGGAAUCUGCGGACGGGCAAGCUGGCGAUGGAUCUGCCGGGACAUCGGGACGAGGUGUUUGCGGUGGAUUGGAGUCCCGAUGGGCAGAAGGUGGGUAGUGGGGGGAAGGACAAGGCUGUUCGCAUCUGGAGGAACUGAGAUACCCUAGAGUUGGAUAGAUUUGAAUGAAUUUGAU